GGCCCACGAGCUUCUUGCGUCAGCUGGGGCGGGGGUGGGGGAUUUUCGGAAGCUCUGCCUGCGCAGCCAGCCCGGGAAUUACUGGCCCGGGCUCUUGCCCCGCCCUCUGGGGGGGCGGGAGGCGGAGCGGGGCAACAGCCCAGCGGGCCACUCGGGCCGUGUCGCGGGCGUGCUGCGGUGACCGGAGGAGCAGCCGUCGCCUGUGCCGCCCAGUCCGCGCCGCGCCUCGGCACCUGGGACAAGGCUGCCGUCGGGGAGCGCCACACCACGGUCCCCAGCUCAUCAUGAUGGACUUGGAGCUGCCGCCGCCCGGACUGCCGUCCCAGCAGGACAUGGAUUUGAUUGACAUACUUUGGAGGCAAGAUAUAGAUCUCGGGGUAAGUCGAGAGGUAUUUGACUUCAGUCAACGACGGAAGGAACAUGAGCUGGAAAAACAGAAAAAACUUGAAAAGGAAAGACAAGAACAACUCCAAAAGGAGCAAGAGAAAGCCUUCUUUGCUCAGUUACAACUAGAUGAAGAGACAGGUGAAUUCCUCCCAAUUCAGCCUGCCCAACACAUCCCAUCAGAAACCAGUGGAUCUGCCAACUACUCCCAGGUUGCCCACAUUCCCAAACCAGAUGCUCUGUACUUCGAUGACUGCAUGCAGCUUUUGGCAGAGACAUUCCCAUUUGUAGAUGACAAUGAGGUUUCUUCAGCUGCGUUUCAGUCACUUGUUCCUGAUAUUCCCAGCCAAAUCGAGAACCCCGUCUUCAUUGCUCCUAAUCAGGCUCAGUCACCUCAGACUCUUGUCACUCAGUCAGUCAUUGCUGAUUUAGACAAUAUGCAGCAGGACAUUGAGCAAGUUUGGGAGGAGCUACUGUCCAUUCCAGAAUUACAGUGUCUUAAUAUUCAAAAUGACAAGUUGGUUGAGACUACCACGGUCCCAAGUCCAGAAACCAAAAUGACAGAAAUUGACAAUUAUCAUUUCUACUCAUCGAUGCCCUCACUGGAAAAGGAAGUAGGUAACUGCAGUCCACAUUUUCUCAGUGCUUUUGAGGAUUCCUUCAGCAGCAUCCUCUCCACAGAAGAUUCCAGCCAGUUGACCGUGAACUCAUUAAAUUCAGAUGCCACAAUAAACACUGAUUUUGGUGAUGAAUUUUAUUCUGCUUUCAUAGCAGAACCCAGUAGCAGCAAUAGCAUGCCCUCCUCGGCUACUUUAAGCCAGUCACUCUCUGAACUUCUUAAUGGGCCCAUUGAUGUUUCUGAUCUAUCACUUUGUAAAGCCUUCAACCAAAACCACCCUGAAAGCACAGAAUUCAAUGACUCUGACUCUGGCAUUUCGCUGAACACGAGUCCUGGCCUGGCAUCACCAGAACACUCAGUGGAAUCUUCUGUCUAUGGAGACACACCGCUUGGCUUCAGUGAUUCUGAAAUGGAAGAGAUAGAUAGUGCCCCUGGGAGUGUCAAACAGAAUGGUCCUAAAACACAACCCGUACAGUCUUCUGGAGAUACAGUCCAACCCCUGUCACCAUCCCCAGGGCACAGUGCUCCAGUGCGUGAUGCCCAGUGUGAAAACACACCCAAGAAAGAAUUGCCUGUAAGUCCCGGUCAUCGAAAAACCCCAUUCACAAAAGACAAACAUUCAAGCCGCUUGGAGGCUCAUCUCACAAGAGAUGAGCUAAGGGCCAAAGCUCUCCACAUCCCAUUCCCUGUUGAAAAGAUCAUUAACCUCCCUGUUGAUGACUUCAAUGAGAUGAUGUCCAAGGAACAAUUCAACGAAGCUCAACUGGCAUUAAUUCGAGAUAUACGCAGGCGGGGUAAGAAUAAAGUGGCUGCUCAGAACUGCAGAAAAAGAAAACUGGAAAAUAUAGUGGAACUGGAACAAGAUUUGGAUCAUUUGAAAGAUGAAAAAGAAAAAUUGCUCAGAGAAAAGGGCGAGAAUGACAAAAGCCUGCAUCUACUGAAAAAACAGCUUAGCACCCUGUAUCUUGAAGUCUUCAGCAUGUUACGUGAUGAAGAUGGAAAACCUUACUCUCCUAGUGAAUACUCCCUGCAGCAAACAAGAGAUGGCAAUGUGUUCCUUGUGCCCAAGAGUAAGAAGCCAGAUGUGAAGAAAAACUAGAUUUGGAAGGAUCUGACCUUUUCUGAGCUAGUGGGUUUUUUUUUUUUUUUUUGUACUGUUAUACUAAAAGCUCCUACUGUGAUGUGAAAUGCAAAAACAUACUUUAUAAGUAAUUCUAUGCAAAAUUAUAGUAAAAACCUAGUAUAGGAAAUAAUAUAAACUUUAAAAAAGCAUUAAAGUAAGUCAUCAGUAUGCUGAAUCAGUAGUUUCACUUUAACUGCGAACUUAAUUUCUUAGAACACCAUUUGGGCUAGUUCCUGUAUAAGUGUAAAUACUACAAAAACUUAUUUAUACUGUUCUUAUCUCAUUUGUUACAUUCAUAGAUUUAUAUGAUACAUCUGGCUAAAAGCAAAUUGCAAAACUAACCACUAUGUACUUUUUUAUAAAUACUGUAUGAACAAAAAGCAUUUUUUUUAUAUUAAAUUGUUUAGCUAUGGCAAAAACCAAUUUAGUUGAAAAGCUGGUACUAAUAAAGGAGUAUUAUGACUGUUAAAUUA